AAAUAUAAAAUCAAAUGGAUUUGAAAGUAGAAAAGAUAUGUAGGAUCUGUUUAAGUGAAUCUGAGGAACUUGAGUCAAUAUUUAAAUAUGAAUUUCAAGCAGUUCCUAUCAUAAAUAUACUAAGAAAAGUUUGUUACAGUCUUCGUAUGGUUCCACAAGAAAAUGACAAUCUACCAAGCAGUUUGUGUCCUGAAUGUUUAGAAAUUCUUUGUCGUGCUCAUAAACUUAAUAAUGUCUCUGUUGACAGCGAUUCACGGCUUAGAAAGUUUCUGCAGCCUCAAACAUCAAUAAAAGAAGAAACAAUCGAUUUUACAACUCAGGAUGGAGAUUCGCCGCUAAAGUUAGAAACUAAUGAGUUUGAAUUAAGUGAUUGUAAACAAAACGUAGAAGAAAUAACAUUCGGAGAAAUAGAAACAGAAAUUAAUAUCAACGAAGAUUCAGAAGAAAAAGACUCGAGUAAAAUAAAGAAAACUCCGAAACGUCAUCAAUGCUCGACAUGUCUAAGGUUCUUUGAGAAGCCUUCAAAACUAUUGCGACAUUUGCAAACUCAUGAUGUUAAUAAAAAACCAUUUGCAUGUGAACAGCCAGGAUGCUUUCAAAGAUUUCUCACCGACGCUUCACUUAAACGACACGCAAUUUUACACAGUGGAAUGACAAUAAAAGUUCAAGAUGAGAAAACCUACGAAUGUGUUGUUUGUUCAAAACCAUUCAAAGUGCAAGAAGCUUUAGCGUCGCAUAUGAGAACUCACAAAGAUAUUAUGGACAAAUUAGAAUUUCCUUGUAAUUUAUGCGAUAAAGUUUUUAAGAAACUCAAUGACUUGACACGACACAGUCGAAAACAUCCUGAAAAUAAAUCACAUAAAUGUCUCAUAUGUUCGAAAAUGUUUAGUCAAGGUUCACAUCUCAUCGAUCAUUUAAAUAGACAUAAAAAUCUUCGACCACACGUUUGUAAUAUUUGCAAUAAAGCUUUCCAACAAUCAUCAACAUUAAAGGACCAUCUUCGAACGCAUACGUCAGAGAAACCUUUUCUAUGUUCAGAAUGCGGGAAGUCAUUUAAUAAUCCUUCGAAUCUUCGUCAACAUGUCAAACGACAUUUGAAUCUUAAAGAAUUUGAGUGUCAUCUUUGUCCAGGGAAAUUUUCAUGCAAAGCAAGUUUGGAUUCUCACAUUCGUUCGCAUUCUGGCAUAAAACCGCAUGUUUGCAACACAUGUGGAUCAGCAUUUACAAAAGGAAGUUCUUUAAAAAAACACAUUAGAACGAUUCAUGAAGGUAUUAAACCAUAUGAAUGUGAAGCUUGUCCAAUGAAAUUUAAUUCUUCUGAGCAUUUGAAGCGACAUUUUCGUACACAUACCGGCGAGAAGCCUUACAAGUGUGACAUUGAAGGAUGCGAUCGAGCUUAUGCUCAGUCAAAUGAUCUCUUGAAACAUAAGAAAAUUCACAUUGGAGUUCUUGUUUACAAAUGCACAAUUUGUACUGACGCUUUCCGACUUCAAUCACAAUUACGCGAUCAUUACAAAAUUCACUACAAAGGCGAUGGAAAUGACAAUUAACUUAAAUAAAUAAUAACUAAACAUUUAUUUAUGUAAAAUAAAUUAAAUUAUUUAAACAUGGCAUGUUUAAUGUUAAUAAAAUUCGAAUCGUAAUGACAAUACUGAUGUAUAAAAA